AUGGAGCCCAGUGCCUGCAGGAUGCCUCCACUCCUCUCCUGCGUCCACUCCCUGCAGCUUUGGCAUCUCCUCCUCCUGGUCUCGGCCGUCCCUCCUCCGGGCGUCUGGUCUCUUCGCUCUCGGGGCCUGGCAACCGCUCGGCCUCUUUGUGCCCGUCGGAGCCCCUCGGCCCCACGGCCCAUUUGCAUCUGGGACAGGACCUCGCUGCCAGAGAGGGAUCCCCGCUUCACCCUGCUGCGCCAGCGGGCUCUGUCCCCCCGGGGGGGAGAGCUGCGGCACGCCGUGCGGCCGAGGCGCCAGGCAGCAGGGGCCCGCCCCGCCACCCCCUCCGGAUUUGAAGAUGGCAUGCCCUCCUCCCAGUACCCCUGGGCCAUCGUGUGGGGCACCACCGUGUCGGAUGAGGAUGGAGGGGACACCAACUCAGCCAACCCAGGCUUCCCACCACUGGGAUACACCUUUGUCUCGCCACACGGGAUGGCAACGGCACAGCCCAACUCCCACUCGCUUCUGCACAACGCGGGGCUCAACCUACGCGAGACCCCGGCCACCCUGCGGCCCUUCUUGUUUGGGCCACGGGGGGAAGGUGUGGACCCCCAGCUAUAUGUCACCAUCACCAUCUCCAUCAUCAUAGUCCUGGUCGCCACCGGGAUCAUAUUCAAGUUCUGCUGGGACCGUAAUCAGAAACGCCGGCGUCACUCGGGGCAGCAGAGCGGUGGGAGGCAGCAGGAGAGCCAGCAGCCCCUCACGGACCUCUCCCCCACCACCGUCAGCAUCCUGGGGCCCUACAGUGACUCCCUGGCUCCCACUCCUGAGGCAGAGGAGUCCAGGCAGGGCCAGGAGGGUGUGGAGAAACUGGGGGGCCACGGGAAGAUCACGGCCUUCCAGCUCAACCGAAUCCCACUGGUGAACCUGUGA